GCGUUUUGAUGACGUACUCCACCCCCGAGUUGCCAGCAGGCACCGGUGGUCGUUGAGAUGGUUACCCUCACGGAGCGCUGCCGUGGCGGCGCUGGAGGGGCUGCAGUGUGGUCUAGUUGGUGGUUCUCUGUUUUACUGUUGUCUGCGUCCUCUCUGCCGGUAGCCAGGGCGCUGGUGGAGGGUCUGUACUGCGGAACGGAGGUCUGCUAUGAUGUUCUCGGGGUCACACGCGAGGCCCCCAAGGCGGAGAUCGCUCGGGCGUACCGGCAGCUGGCCCGGCGGUACCACCCGGAUAGAUUCAGGUCAGGAGAUCCGGAGUUGAAGGGAGAGACUGUGGAGUCAGCCAAGAAAAAGUUCCUCCUCGUUGCAACAGCAUACGAGACGUUAAAGGAUGAGGACACUCGGAGGGACUACGACUACAUGCUGGACCACCCUGAGGAGUACUACCAGCACUACUACGCCUACUACCGCCGACAGCUCACCCCUAAAGUGGAUGUCAGGAUCGUCAUCCUGGUCACCAUUUGUGCCAUUUCUAUAUUCCAGUACUACAGUUGGCACAGCAGCUACAACGAGGCCAUCAAGUACCUGGUGACGGUCCCCAAAUACCGGAUCCAGGCAACCGCCAUCGCCAAGGAACAGGGCCUCCUGAACCGCCCCAAAGAAAAGGGCAAGAACCGGCGUACCAAAGACGAGAUCCGGGAGCAGGAGGAGGAGGUGAUCCGUGACAUAAUCAAAACCAAGAUCGACAUCAAAGGAGGCUACCAGAAGCCCAAGCUGUCAGACAUCCUGUUGUGUCAAAUUGUGCUCUUCCCGUACUACCUGACCAACUACGUGACCUGGUACGUUUCCUGGAUUUACCGCUUCACUGUCUGCAGGGAGGAGUACGGCGACCAGGAGAAGUUUUACAUCAUGAGGCGAUACAUGAAGAUGUCUCAGUCUCAGUUUGACAGUCUGGAUGAAAACACCAGGCAGUCCUUCUUGGAAAAACGGCUCUGGCUCAAGGAAAACUAUGAGCUGUACAGAGCAGAGCAGGAAGAGGAGAUGAAGGUGAAGAUGGCGACCGACCCGAGAAUGAAGAGGUACAGACGCUGGAUGAGGAAUGAAGGACCAGGGCGGCUGACCUUCAUCGAUGACUGACAGCCGCCGUCUGUGAUGUGCAACACGCCACGUGUGGGGACUUACACAAAACAAAAACACAAAAGACAAACUUUAUAUUGUGAGAGAUAUUUUCAUAGCAAGGAGGCUUCGUGCAAGAGAAGUGGAAUGCAAUGUUUACAUUUUCGUUCAGCACAUUUCAUUUGAGUUCCGUAUAAGGGUUAUACAGUAGAUCCCCGCAUAUUUGCAAUCGCACAAAUUUGCAGCCUUUUUUGGAUUUGUGGCACAUCGGUAAAGCUUGAGUUGCACGGAAAGGAAACUUUCACUUGCUUGCUUAAUCAUGCAUCACAAACCAACAGGAGCCUAUCAACCCAAACGCCUCCCUCCCUCACGGUGCAACCAAAAUAACACAAGCAACAGACCAGUACCACAUGGACUAAGCGGGUAUCAAGAUACAUGCAAAACAAUACUAAAAUUGCCAGAACCCGCCAUACGCCCACUUCCCCAACAAGAAGUUACCCAGCAUGCCUUGCGGGGUAUAAAAAUAAAGUAUUGUUUUGCAUGGUUAGUUUGUAAGCGUUUAUUUCGAUACCAGCAUAGUCCGUGGGUGCAGUUACAUUCUGUGUUAUUUUUGGUUGCACCGUGAGUCAGGGAGGUGUCUGGUUUUAUGACCUCCUGUUAGUUUGUCUUGAGUGUGUCAAAAUAGGCAUUUUUAUAGGUGCCUCAACUCCUCGUGGUCAUUUUUCGCUAAUAGCGGAGACCUACUGUAUUUGGUCAACAAUGUUUUCAUCCAGCACAAAAAAAAAAAAACACACACACAAACUGAAAAA